UGAAUAAAAAAAUCGACCCACUGAAAUCACUUGACCAGCUGGAACCUGGAAGACUGAUCCGAAUCCGAGGGCACGCGAGGGGUUCAGGCGACCGGCGGCGAGCAUGGCGGCGGACGACGGCAGCGCGACGGCGGCGCUGGACGAGGCUCUCAAGCCCUUCCAGGAAAGAGCCUGCGAGGCUGAGAUACGCAUAGCAAAGCUGGAAGCCUUGCUAUACAACAAAGAUGGCCUGAACAACGGAUCGGAGACAAGUUCUUCUGCCAUGAAAGAUCUUCAGUCAAAGCUAGACACAGUUAGUGCAGAAUGCCUGACCGAAAAAGAGAAGAACAAGAAGCUAAUCAUGGAGAACGAGAAGCUCCAGUACCGCAUCACCCAUCUUAUCCGUGCAAUAAAAGAGGCGGAAUCAAGAUAGAAGCAGCCUGAUGAGGCCGAUUUAAAGCCUGAUGUUGAAGAAUCCUAUCUUGUUGUUGAGCUUAAACUAUUGUUGUGAUAUAUAUAGGUCAAAACUGUAUCGAUCUACCGAUCAGGACGCUACACGAUCGGCUGUUUUCCCCUGACCCCAUUUCGCCAAGGCUUUGGGCGUCGAACCGUGGUCCGUGGAAUCCAUGAUGUGUUAUCUGAAUUAACUGUCCAUUAUUUGUUAUCAUGUACUGGCGUUUGGUAAUCUGCUCAGCUGGCAAUUGAGCCGGGUGGUUGAAAGAAAGAAAGAGAGGGUUUUCACUGAAA